ACUGUAGAGUUUUGCCCAUAAAAAGUUGCGUUAGCUUAGACACCUCCGUCAUUCAUCAAAACAACAUAACCUCAUUUUCUCAACGUGUUUCAUAACCUCAGAAACGUUACAAAUGUCUUCGAAACAAGCCAGAAAAGACGCUGAGGACGACGACGACUUUCAAUAUGAACCGUCCGAUUCAGACGACGACUACACAUCCCAGGAACGGGAGCUAAUAGGAGAGGUGUUAAGUAAAAAUGCGGAAGAAUCAGACAGUGAGGUGGAAGUGUACGGUGUACGAUCCAGCUCGGAUGACAGCGAUAUCGCCCUAAGUGACGUCGAAGGUCAGGAGGAGGACGAUUUGCCAAACGUGCGCGCUUGGGGCAAGGACAAACGCGACUUUUACUCGACUGAUUACGUGGAUCAGGAUUACGGCGGCUUUCAAGGGCAAGAUGCGGCGCUUGCCGAUUUCGAAGAGGAGGAGGCGAGGAAUUUGCAAAAGCAACUUUUGGAGCAGAUGGACGAAGACGAUUUUGCCUUUGACGUUACUGCUAAAUCGACGAAAGCAGACGAUCGACAAGCUGAAGAGGUCGUGAAGACCGACAUAUCCAAGUUGAGUAAAAGACAGAAAAUUGAGUUGUUUCAUAAGGAGUCGCCGGAGUUCUUUGGCUUAGUGGAGGACUUUAAAAGUAAGAUGCAGAUUGUGGCGGAUUUCUUAUCGCCACUGCUGGUAUUGUCGAGGCAGGGGAGAGUGCAGGAAUCAAACGCCCUACAGUUUGUGAAAGUAUACCACGAAGUUAUAACAAAUUAUUGCACAAACAUUAACAUGUACUUACUCCUGAAGGCGUCAAGAGUAAACGUCCAGAACCACCCAGUAAUUAAGCGCUUGUACCAAUUCCGAAAAUUACUAGCACAGUUGGAUCCCAUUUUCGAGGAAGUUAUAAAGUCGCAAAUAGAAACAAUAAUUAAAAAUAAUGAAAAUUCCGAAAAUGUGCAACCGAAAAAGGUGCUAAAGCUAUUACGUAAACUUGGAAAGAAAAGCAAGCGGUCCGAGCCAAUGGAUGAAACGUGUAAAGAAUUGAAAAAACCAAAAGUACAGGAUGCGGAGGAGGAAAAAGUGGAAGAAAAUGCGGAGGCGGUUGAGGAAAAUGGCGAUAUGAACCAAGAAGAAGAUCCGAGACGAGCGAUUACUUAUCAGAUUGCUAAAAAUAAGGGUUUAACGCCCCACAGGAACAAGUUACAGAGAAACCCAAGAGUGAAGAAUAGGGACAAGUAUCGCAAGGCGCUGAUACGGCGCAAAGGAGCGGUACGUCAAGUUCGUACUGAAGUGUCCCGAUACGGAGGUGAAUUAUCUGGAAUAAAAGCUUCGGUUUCAAAAAGUGUCAAGAUUAAAUCAUAAUCCUGAUAAAGGGGCUGUAAGAACUUCCAAGACCAAAUUUAUUUAAAUAGGGAUCUAUUUAUCCCUUUGUUCGCUUAUAACUGAAUAUUGUUAAUAUAUCCAAGAAUGUUGUCGAUAGUAUUUUAUAAAUAAAAUAUUAUUUUCAGUAAUAA